AUGGCUGCUUCGGGUGCCAUCCUUUCCGUGCGCUGCUAUGACGUCAUUCGAACGGCUGCUGCUGGUGGUGGUGGUGGUGAUAGUGAACACAUUGUGCUGUCACCGCAAACAUCUGGCACCAGCACAACGAAAGAAACCAGCGGAGACGAUGCGAUGCAUCUUCGGGACUUUCGCGGAACGACCACAUUGAAGAAAUCUACGAUCGUUUCACGAGAUUGCGCGAUCGUCGAAACCAGUAUUUCGCCCCAAGACGUUGGAAACCGCUGGGCCGUUGCAAUUGCUUCACGACGGAGCAGCAUGAAGAAAUUGGUACAAUGUGUGCUAGUUCCCUUGCUGGGACUGCAGGCCAUCGCUUAUACCAUACCGGAGGUUCGCUUCGAAUUUCCGACCAACAGGGGCUUCCGUGCCAGCAUUCCUGAUACCGAGGGUCUGCAGAUGUUCGCCUUCCACGCCCGACUGGGCAAACCGUUCGAGCGGUUCGAGGAGGGCGACUACAGCGGCGACAUCUCGAUGGUCGGUGCCGACGGUCGGUGGGCGUUCGAGACCAACAAACCGCUGCUGCCUAACGGUCUCAUCAUCUACUACUGGGUGUACGUGCAGUUCGACAACGCCGGCUACUGGCUGGCGGACCGGAAGCACACGGUCAACAGGCCGAAAGCGACCGCGCCACCGAAAACCACCACCGCAAAGGUCACCACACCAACCACAACGACGACAACGACAACGACGACAACGACUACGACGACGACGGCCACCCCGUGCGGUGCAUCACUUACCACACUCAACGGGGGCCGGUCGACCUGUGCCGGCCAGUUGAUCUUCGAGGACACGUUCGAGCGGAGCACUUUCGCCCCCAAGUGGCAGCAUGAGGUGCGCAUUCCGCUCGACACGGAGUCAGCGGAAUUUCUGUCCUACCAGAACCUCCCGGAGAACAGCUACAUUGCGGGGGGCCGCCUGGUCAUCGUGCCAACGCUCGUCACGAUGAGCGCAGAUUACACCGACGAGCGCAUCCGCACCGGGGAGCUCAAGCUCGACGGCUGCACCUCCCCGACGGACAAUCCCUACGAAUGCCAGCGCAAGGCGGCCCGCUCGAUGAUUCUGCCGCCCGUGGUGUCGGCUAAAUUGAACACCAAAAAUUAUUUCCGCUUCCGGUACGGGCGCGUCGAGAUCCGUGCGAAACUACCGAAGGGAGAUUGGAUUUUUCCACAACUAUUGCUGCAGCCGUUCGAAAACUUCUACGGUUACGCGGACUACGCUUCCGGCCAGAUGUGGAUCGCACACAUUCUCGCCAACCGGAUGCUGGUAUCGGGCGACGGAAAGCAGAUCGAUGGCCAUCGGUUGCGCGGCGGAGUGCUGAUCAGCAACAUCGCGUCGCUCCGGGGGGACUUCCUGCGCUCGAACCUAAACGAUGACCACUUUGGCGAUCAGUUCCACGUGUACGGCUUGGUGUGGACACCGGACGCCAUUUCGCUCACCAUCGACGGGUUCCAGUACGGUACGCUGAGGACGAACUUCCGGCAUCACGGUCACCAGCGCAAUCUAACGCAGGCGAACCUUUGGAAUGUCAACGUUGCGCUGGCACCGUUCGAUCGUGAGUUUUAUCUCUCACUCGGUGUCGGGGUCGGGGGCGUGAAAGAUUUCCCCGACGGCUGUCUGACGGGACCGUCGAAACUGCCGAAACCCUGGAACAACACGAGCCCGAAGGCGGAGUACUUCUUCUAUCAGACGCGCAACACCUGGUACCGCACGUGGACGGAACCGGAGCUUACGGUGGACUACGUGCGAGUGUACGCACUCUAGACACCCAACGCCACGGAGGCGUGACAUUA